CAUCUAGCAUUCAAUAUAGCAAAUUUUUACAACGAAAAACACACAUGUUUUGAUUUAGUUAUUAUUACAAUUGAUGAUGUGAUGUUAUAAGAUUCAAAUUGAUUUAAAUUGAACAUUAUCAUAUAUACUGUUGUUUCAUCUUUAGUCACAUUUUGUGUGUUUGUGUGUGUGUGUGUGAAUUUAAUUAAGAAAUGGAAAUCGAUCGUUGUUGUGAAGAAGAAAAAGUGAAAAAAAUUUUCAUUUCAAUGUUGUUAUAAAAAAUUUUGAUGAGAACAAAAAAAAUUCAUGAUUCAUGUCACCUGCUGCUUUCUCGAACUGUCUGUGUAUGUGAUUUGUUUUUGACGUGAAAAUUCUAUCAAUCAAUCGAUAUAAUUGAUUAUUGAUAAAUUACAAUCAACAUACAAUUGCAAAAAAAAAAUUCAUGAUGAAAUUAUCAAGUUUAUCAUUGUUUAUCAAUAGUAGAACUAUGCCAUUCAUUUUAUUGUUUUAUAUACAAAUAAUUUUUCAAUUAUUUUUCAUACAAACAAUGAUAAUUAUUCCAACUGUUCAUGCACGUAUGGGAUUAAUGAAUAAACUUCGCAUAUUGGCAUUGUUAUCGUUAGUGAAAAAAAUUGAUGUUGUUCCAUUUCCAUUUCCAAUACCGAUACCGAUUCAUAUUGAUGGAAAAGAGGAAAUUGUCUUCAUGAAUUCAAUGCCAUCAAAUGGCCAUUUAUCACAGCCAUCAUAUUCAACUUCAUCAUUAUCAUCAUCAUCAUCAUCAUCAUCAGGGUAUGGCUAUAGUGCAAGUGAAUUAUCACCCGUUUCAAUAUCGCCAAACAAUGGAAAUCAUUUACGAUAUGGUGAUCGUAUUUCAACAAAUAAUAGACCAGCACUUGGCAAUCAUCCUGGACAAACAACAACAUAUCGAAUGCGUAAAGAAUUUCGUCAUCGACAACCACCACAAUGGUAUAGGGAGAUAAAUAAAAAUCAAAACAAACAAACGACCGAUGCAAAAUCUUUAGAUCAAUCAUCAUCAACAACAAUUGUUCAAGAUCCAAAUGCUGAUAAUGUCAAUUUAAAAGAUAUUAAAAUUAUUUUUAUACCGAUCAAAAAUCUACAACAACAAAUGAAUCAACAACAAAAUGGCAAUCCAAAUACAGAAACGACGAUUAUAGAAUCCGAUAUGAAACAAUUAACCGAUGAGAUUAAAGAACAAUUGAAAUCGAAUAAUAAUCAACCAAAAACAAUAAUUGAUAAACCAAAUACUGAUAAUCGGACAACAAUGGAUCCAUCAACAACAGUAACAACAAUGCCACCAACCACAUCUACUGUUUCGGUGAAUAAAACCGAAACAGAAGCUCCCAUCAUUACGGAUAAACAAAUUGUAAGCUCACCUAAAUCAAUUGAUGCCGAAGAGAUUAUGAUUGAUGAUCAUGAUGAUGACUAUGAACGUCGACAGCUGCCACCAUCAUCGUCGUCGUCAUCGAAAAAUGUUGUAGAAAAUCAAUAUACCGUUGAUGCUCCAUCUAUUGAUCAAACUUCAAAACCGGAAACUUUUACUAAAUUUGUUAGAAUGAAUCAACCAACGACACCAACUAUUUAUCAACUUCCACCUCCACCUCCUACUACAGAAACACCCACCUAUCAGGCAUCAUCGGCACCAUUCCCAAUUCCAUCAUUAGAAUCUGAAUGGUUGAAACAAAAUUCUUAUGUUCCACGUGCUCGUUAUUAUAAAGCUCCUGAAUUAAAAAUUCUACAUCAUCUGAAAUCUAAUCAAGACGAACAACAUCAUCAAUAUUUACCCCCAUCAUCGCAUUCUUCAUCCUUACCUCAACCACCAUCAAUAACAAAUCAAUGGUCUUCAUCUGGACCACAAACUGAUCCAUCACAUCCAAUACAAUUUCUUUAUUCAGUAUCACAUGCCAACAAUGUUCCAGUACCAUCAUUCCCAACGAUAUCUCCAUCAUCAUCAUCAUCAUCAUCAUCAUCAUCAUUAAAUUAUAAUUCAUUAACAUUACAAAGGCCACACAUACAACCAUUACAGAUACAAUCAUCUAUGGCAAGAUUUCAUAGAUAUCCAAUUGUAGAUAAUUUUGGCCUCGAAGCAUUUCAUCGUCAUCGUCAUCAACAACAACAACAACAACAAUAUCGACGUCGGCCAUUAAUGAUGUCGCAACGACAUCCACUUAUCAUUAAAAAUAAUGCUAUUGAUGAUAUACAGCAAUGGCCAAUAACAUCCACUUGGACACAACGAAUGCAACCAUCAUCAUCAUCAUCAUCAACAUCAUCUUCAUCUUCAUUAUUAUCUCGUUUUAGUAAACGAUUAUGGGGAUAGAAAAAAACAAGGUGGACAAGAUUGAUUCCAAAAUUAUCGAUUAAUUUUUUUUUAAAAAUUUUAUUUUCAA